CCAUCCAAAAAUUAUACACAAACCUGUUAUGCAGCUGUGCACGUGGGCUGGUGGGGGAGUGGAGGCGGACUAGCAGCACAGCCUGCAGCAGGUGGAAAGUGGCAGUUCCUGCACAUACUCGAUACACAGCCCCAGAGCCACUGAGCACUGGACAGUCCAAGUUGCCAAACAGGUGGGCACACAGCACUGAGGGCAUCUGGAUCUGUAGGGAGUUUGGUUGUGACAAAAGGUAGGACAAGUCACAAUGCAUGGACAGAUUCCAGCUUCUCACUGGUAGGGUGACACUUGCUCCCUGUUCCCAAUCUAGAUGUUAUGGUUUCUUUCCCUCACUUUGCACCUCCUGCCCAACUUACCCCAUGUGCUUUGCCCCAGACCCUUUCUACCACUGUCCUAGACAGCAGGAGGCAGCAGAUAGCUGAGGCCCCCAAGUGGAGAAGGAUGUAGAGCAGGCGGCUACAAGAAGACUCUGUGAGAGAGGGCCACCUAGAGUGGCAGCAGCUGGUCCAGGAAACAGGCCCACAGCAGGACACCUGGGAAUAGAGCAGGAAGCAAAGGUGGAGCUUUGCAAGGGAUGGUGUAUACUGUGUGGGGUUAAAGGUCAAAUUACAAACCCCUUCUUCCCACCAUCAGGUAGUGAGUUGCUUCGGAUUGCCUUUACUAAACACUGCUAUGAUUUUUCAUUGCAAGAACUUCAGUAUAGGAGUGAACCACCUACAUUUACCUAACGUUGCUCUGUGGCUGGGAAUGUGGGAUGAGAGGUUUACCAGUUAUCAGGCAAAGAACCAGGUAUCUCUCACCAAACCAGCUGUCUAAGGGCAUCUUCAAGUCUGUCUCCUCAAAUGCCCUCUCACCUGAUAAAAGGGGUUUUUCGCUGUGACAUCGCCGACUCCAUCAUGCUGCUGUGCAAGGCCCAGGGUGGUGCUUCGGCCGGGGACGGUUUUUGCACCUAUCAUUUGUGAUUCAGAAGUUAGGCGUAGAUCCAUUACUGGGAAAACGGAUGAAGAACAGCAGCCUCUCAAGAUUUUCACCCAUUGGGCGGUCGCUGUGCUGGGCUAAUAAUCACUCAGUCUUAAGGCAGUAGAAUGGGCAUAUCAGAAAAUGAAUACGGAUCAUUAGAAACUGGUAAAUGCAAAUACCCUUGUGAAGAUGCCUUCACCGGGCUUCGUAUUCGGGAUCAUUCAGACUGUUUCCUGAGAUUAGGAGCAGUUGGCCUAUCUGGUCUGGGGAUUAUGUUUUUUUAAUUGGUUUAGGAUUAGCUGUGGGCCGCCUUGGUUGGUCAGAACUGGGUGUGUGUGUAGGGAUUGUUCUUAGGUGAAGAAAUAAGGCUGUGCAUUUGGGUGGUGUGGGUAGUGAAUAGAUUAGUCGAAGGAGAUUGCAGAAAAUACAAUUACGCGUGAAUGUGUUUAAGGAUUAUUCUUAGAUGAAGAAGUAAGGUUGUGCAUUUGGAUGGUGUGGGUAGUGAACAGAUUAGUCGAAGGAGACUGCAGAAAACACAAGCCGGAGAGGUCAAAAGCGAACGGCCCUCCUAGCCAAAGCUUCUCAAGACAGUCACAAAGGUGUGGUCCAGAGCCAGCCCCGCCCCAUAUCUGGGCGGAAGCUGAGGUUUGCCGGAAGUUGUGUAGCGGCAGCCUAUGCGGCGGCGCGGUGAGAUCGAAAUGGCGACCGAGGGAGAUGUGGAGCUGGAGUUAGAGACCGAGACCAGCGGCCCGGAGCGGCCUCCCGAGAAGCCACGGAAGCAUGAUAGUGGCGCUGCUGACUUGGAGCGGGUCACUGACUAUGCGGAGGAGAAGGAGAUCCAAAGUUCGAAUCUGGAGACGGGAAAAGGAACUGGCGAAGGUCACGAUCAAGAAGGAAGAUCUGGAGUUGAUAGUGAGUAG